AUGGCGAGAUUUCCCGCCCUGGCCUUUGACCUGGUCAGCGAUGUUUGUCGAAAUUCCAAGGUACUCAGCAGAGUUAUGAUUCCAGCAAUCGAAGCUUGCAUGUUGAACAAUGUCGUUACCAACAACAGCGGCCAGGACAAGAACAAGUUCACUGUCUCUGUUGAUAUCACGAUCAGAAUAUUGCUCAGCUGGUUUCGCCGGCUGAAAGUUAACAAGCAGAAACGGGAAGCCGCUUUCAGGCGGCUUUCUGAGGCAGAGAAAGCCAAAGUCACACUGGUCAUGGAGAAGAUCGAGCUGAAUGACGAGGAGGCUGAAGAGGCUGCCAAGGACGAAGAUGGCUCUGACUCCGAUGUGGACCUGACCUUUAUGGUUUCUCUUGAUUCCCUGUGUGCGACAAACACAGCAGUGGAUCAUGACUCGAAGACCUCUGUCGAGAUCUUCGCGAGUGAGGAGAGUUCUGGAUUGCACCGAAUGUUCGACAGUGUCCUCAAGUCUCCUUCCACUCCUCCUCUUUCUGGUGGUGCUCCUUCCGGUUCUGCUCCUUGCGGUUCGGCUCCUUCCGGUGCUGCUUCUUCCGGUGCUGCUGCGGGAAAGUCCACAGCGAAAAAGAGGCAGACAAGCAACUUUUUGAGCAAAUCGUCUUUGAUCCAGUGGAUGGAGGACUUGAUGCUUGCGAAUGGUGUGCAGCCACAAACUGGCGUAUCGUCCAAGGAUCAGACUGGAUUGAUCUUGGGUUUGGAUCAUCGAACUGUGCGGGGUCUCUUCAACAACUUCCGCUUUUGGUUAAGUCCAAUAGUUGACCGGGUGAACGAGGACUUGGUGAUUGGUGCGUUGGGUGCAGAUGUGGAGCUCGAUGAGAUUAGCUUCAGAUCGAAGGUGCUUUACGACAAAAUCCUAUGGAAUCGUUAUGCCGCAGCCGUCAAGCGUGGAAGUGCUAAAGUCUUCAUAGAAAAGUUGCCGAACCGCUUGACUGCUGCUGAGCAGGGGGGAGGGGGACCUCUGUCCAUUGAUGAGACAAAGAAGCUUGUAGUCACAUCCAAGGGAAGCACCCGCUUGGCACAAGGUUCUGUGUGCCAUACGGAUUCCGCUAAAGCUUACAAGAAGUUGGCCUCUGACGAACCGUUGCCAGCUUUGUACAGCGGUGCCUUGGCAGGGCCUUCGUUUUCUGAGUUGAAGCUAGCCCACAGCAACGUCAAGCAUAAGCCGCCUCACCCAGAGUUUGCCCGAACGUUCCGAAUGAAAGUUUGGACAGGGCGCGCUUGGACCGAAGAAAUUAGGGUAGGUGGCACUCAGAAGCUUGAUGGCUUCUUCGCAUCGUUUAGAAGAAAGGUGGGCAAGCGGUCUUUCAACACAACAGGACCCACUCCUGAAACAGCGCAAACUUUCGAGCAGCAGCUUCACGAAAGGAUGCGGGUGUUUCAGUUUUUGUUUUGGUUUUCCUAUGCAGACUGUUUCCAAGUUUUCGCAGCACUUCGCCAGGCUGAGCGAACAGCUGUCGGAAGUGCUUCUUGGGAAACUCUAAGGCCAUUUUUGGGUGAUGGAAAGGCGCCAGCUGCCGAAAACCUGCAACUUGUUGAAGGGCAAGUUGCAGGGGCAGCAGCUCCAAAUGUCCAAGACAUUCCGGCUGGUGGCGCUGAUGUGCCCCCCGAUGAUGAGAAUCCUUUUGCCGAUCUCGAGAGUGAGCCCGAAGUUUGCGAAGUUUCGGAUGCCGACACGUAUGAAGGCAUUCCAAUUCGGUUGCUCAGCUGA